UUGCAAAGGGCUCUUGGAAUGUGCAGAUCAUUCUGCCAUGUCAGUAGCACUUUUGCCAUCGUCUACCAUCAGACUUGUGACCACGACACAAAUAAUUACAACGGUGUCGAGUGUUGUGAAAGAAUUAAUUGAAAAUUCAUUGGAUGCCGGUGCUACAAAUAUAGAAGUUAGAUUGGAAAGGAAUGGUCUGGAGAAAAUAGAGAUAAAGGAUAAUGGUUGUGGAAUCAAACCAUCUGAUGUUGCAAAUGUUUGCCUUUCAUCUUAUACUUCCAAAAUACAGAACUACUCCGAUCUAGGUAGACUCUCUACAUAUGGAUUUAGAGGAGAGGCACUUUCUUCCUUGUGCCAGGUGUCAAGUAUUACAAUCACGACAAAGACUGCCAGUGACAACAUUGCAAUGACCUAUAUGAUCAGUCAAGAUGGAAGCAUCUUAAACUCAAGACCCUCUCAUUUUGGCAAUGUUUCAGGCACUCACAUUGUGGUGACAGAUCUUUUUAAGAAUCUGCCUGUACGCAAACAGUAUCUAAGCAAUUCACGAAAUGCUGCUGAAGACAUUAGAAGAACUGAACAAAUUGUGAAAAGCAUUGCAGUAAUCCAUCCUGAAGUGAGAAUUACUUUUUGCCACAAUAAAUGUAGUCUGUGGCAGAAACCAGUGGUGGCUACACUACAAGAAUCAUAUAUACAAAUUUUUGGUUACAGUAUUUCAAGCAAUUUAGAACAGCUGGCCCUUCGCAAGGAACAGGUGAACUUUGAACUAUUAGUUCCUUUGAAGAACUGCACUGAUAUUGCAGCAUUGUGCCAAGCCAGUUCAAACAGCAUUAUGACGUAUUUUAAUAAACGCCCUGUAAAAUACGCAAAAAUUGAGAAGAACACAAUCCUAUCAUCUAUUGAAGAAAUGCUUAUUGAGUAUUAUGGACUUCAGAACGAAGAAGAGGACACAGAAAAUUGUAAGCAACCUGUGUCCAAAAUUAACAGGAAGCUUAAACCUCAGUCCACUGUUGAAGAGGAUAGGCCAAUUAAACGCUCAAAAUUGAUCGCUGAGUGUCCUAGUACAUUAGAAUCCUCACAAAACCUGAGUAUAAGUACCACUGCACUUCCUACGCAAUCAAAGAAUCUCCAAAUUGGAAAUGAAAAUAUUGUAGAUCGUGGUGUACAUUCUAAGCAGUCAGAGAAUCCGCAAAUUGCAAAUGGAAAUAUUGUGGAUCACAAUGGAGACAGGACAGUGGUUGAAAGUUUGGCACGUGUGUGCCAAGAGUCUGCAAUGGCUGAGUUUUUUAAUAGUGCUGAGAAUAAAGAAACAGAGCACUGUGAUGUUUUGCAAGGAAUAAAAGACAGUACUUUCCAUGAUGGAGAUAAUGAACUGAAGACUGUUGAAUCAAGAUACAAUUUUCUCCACAGUUCACUAGAUUUGCCAAAGAACUCUACAGUCACCAAUGGAGAGGUACUAACUACUCAGUUGGAGAGAGAAACUGGGCAAAUAAAUUCUGUUGGUCCCGAACAGAGAGGUGACAUGCAAAUUAGUAAGUCUAAAGACAGUGUUGAACAUGAAACAGUAACAGAUAUGACAGAACAUACUAAAAUACAUAAUGAUAUUUCUCUCAGAAUUGAAAGCAGUCUUUUCAACAUGCUUGAUGAUAUAGAGGAUGUAUUUUUUGGGUUUGAUACACCCGAGCAAGAUGCUAGUCAGAGAGAAAGGGAGAGAGCAAAACAGGCAUUAGAAGCAGCAAAAUCUGUAGAAACUACAAAAAUGGGCCAAUCUGCUAAUCUGGAAGAUUUGAACAAGGAACAGUGGAGCAAAGGCUCAAUUAAAACAAAAAAUGGCUGUACAGUUGAGGGUGCUAAACUCUUACUGCCAAAAGUGAACAAGAGUAAAAAGGAAUUUUUUGAUCUGUCCUUGCACAGUGUCAGCAGUCAAAUGGGCUGUAAAGAGCAGAGCGCAUUCACAAAAUUUUCAAGACAUAUGCGUCCAAAACUUCUUGAAGAAAACCCUGGUGUUGCAUUCACAAAAGUUGCUAGCCUUCUGGCUGAGCACUGGAAACAACUGACAGAUGAAGAGAAGUCUAAAUAUGAAGAAAUAGCACGAGAUGAGGAAGAGAGGAAGCACAAUGUUCCCACUAGGAAAAGUACUGAAAAAAUAUGUUCUCCAAGUGUAGUAGAAAUGCUGAAUACCACACCAAGGAGGAAACCUCCAUUGGAUGAUCUCCAUAGUGUAGAUGGCUGUGUGCCUUGUUCUAUGACAGAAAUUAAUCAAAAAAUGGAAGAAAUAGCAUUAAAGCACAAAAGUUCAGGCAAAGGAUCUGGUGAAAUAUUUGUGAUUGGCCAGAUACGACCACAUGGUGUGUGGUUAUAUAUGAAAAACAGAGAGAUUGGGAUAAUCAGGCAUUGGGCAUUGCAGGAGACUGUCGAGUUUCAUAAAAUGAUGAAGGAGACAACAGUGCCCUUGGCUCCAGUUAUGAACAAUAUACCUCUUAGACCUAGUUUGCUAGGUCCAGAACUGUGGAAUAUAUUUACAUCUUUAGAGCAUUCUUUUGAUACUGCAUCUGGUGAAAUAGUUGUAUCAAGUCCAUUUAUAAGUAAAAAUGGAUUCCGAAUUGUCAUAUCUGAAGGCCCAGACGAUGAUUCUGCUUCCAUUUCACACAUUGCUAGUACUGUUAGAUUCUAUGAUGUUACGGAGUUAAAAGAGAUAUUGCAAAUAUUGAAAGUGAAAGGCUCAAAUUGUGCCUUGGAGCACUGCCGACCUUUAAAGAUCCUUAACUAUUUCAAGAGUGAAGCUGUAACCAUAUGCCGUAAAGCUGCAGAUACAAUGAAUUACAGUGACUUGACAACUAAUCUUACGUACUGGGAAAAAUAUUUAAAAGAACAAUCAUCAUCAUGCUUACACAGGAAACUGAUUUUUGUGCCAUUCCAUACAAUCAAUUCUUGAAGAUACCAAACAGAAGAAAUUUCUGAAAUUAAUGGAUGGUAUACAAUACUUGAUGGUGUACAAUACUCAGGGAUUGGUUUAAACUAAUUUGUUCCAGACUGACAUUACACUGUUUUGUAAAUAUUUGUGAAACAGAUGUGACUGUGAGUGUGUCAGAUAUUUUAUUAGGCAUGAAUGUUAUAUGACCACAUUUCACCUACCAAUGUGUCAGAAAUAUUUUUGGUGUAGUAGAAAAGAUCACCAGAAACAUGGCAAUUUGAGUUAAUCUUGGGUAGUGCACAUAAAUCACUUCUGAUAGUUUUCAGAAGAGGCAUUUAUGAAACUUAGAAUUGAAAGCAAAUUCAGCAGCAUUAAUGUUUGAGCAUUGAUUAACUCUUCUCGGGAGAUGAGCUGAGCAGUGGUGUCGUCUUGUUGAAAUGUUUCAAUGAUGAUGGGUAAAAAACUCAUCAAAACAUUGCAACAAGAUGACGGCACCACUCGGCUAUCACUCGAGAAGAGUUCAUCAAUGGAAUACACCAAGAAAGCCUGCAAUUGCAAUGUUUGAGCAUGCACACAAUUUCAUUAAUUACAAUAAUUUACAAGUGAGAUUAUUUUUAAGCAUCAUUGUCAGAAUAAAAUGGAGCAUUAGUAUCACUGUUCAAAGGUCACCCACAGUGUUUCAGAUUUUAUGGAAUAAAUAAAAAACAAUGUAUAUUGUGUAAAUAAAAUUUUGUUUGGUAA